AUGCAUCUUCUACCUCUCAUUCUCCUGCCCCUGACUGCCCAGGCGAUCAACAUCGUCUCAUCCAACGACGAUGGAUGGGCCGAGAGUAAUAUCCGCCAAUUCUACAAGGCCCUGACUGCAGCUGGCCACUCCGUCGUGGUGUCUGCGCCAGCAGAAAACCAGAGUGGAACAGGCUCCUCUGACAAAACACCAACCACCCUCACGGAGCCAUGUGAAUUUAACAGCUGUCCAUCCGGCAGUCCUGCAACAGGCUUUAAUGCCUCUGACCCCCGGCUCAACUAUGUCAACUCGUACCCCGUCACCUCGAUGAAAUACGGCAUCAGCACCGCGGCGCCUCCGUUCUUCAACGGCGCCCCUCCAGCCCUAGCCGUCUCCGGCCCCAACGUCGGCUCAAACCUCGGUCUGGCCGUGUACUUCUCCGGCACAGUCGGCGCAGCACACUACGCCGCCGAAGCUGGAACCCCCGCGAUCGCCUUCUCGGGGAGUUCCGGCUCGCCAACGGCGUGGAAUGCGGCCGUACCGGCGUACAGCCAGGUGUACGCGCAGCUGGCCACCAAAAUCACCAACCAGAUCGUCGCCUCGGGAACGCCAUACCUGCCCGACCAGGUCUGGCUGAACGUCAACUUUCCCGAGGUGAGCUCUGAGUGCGCCGCCGCGGACGACUUCAAGUUUGUGCUGUCGCGGAUCUUCUCCGGGGUGUUUUCGGCGGAUGAUGUUGAGACCUGUGGGAGCUCGCGGCUGCCGACUGAGAGCACCGUCGUGGGGACUGACGGAUGCUAUGUCAGUAUCUCUGUGGGAUGGAGCGACAAGACCGAUGCGGCUGCCGAUGUGCAGGCGAUUGUGCUGGAUAAGCUGGGUGAUUUGUUGGUUUGUUUGCCUUGA